CAUGAAGAGAUAGGUUGUCUCUGGCACGCUGCCUCGCAUGCUGCUGGUCUUUCACUCUCCAGUGGGCGCUGGGUUCAGGUUUCAACGGCCGCUCUUCCCUGGUCUGGUUUUCUACGCAGGUUUUCUCUUUACGUAUGGCUUCCCUGUAUGUGUUUUUCGUUCAUGUAUUGGAAUGAAUGGUCACGUGGUUGGCCAUGGUGCUUGUACUUAUAGAUAUGUUUUUGUCUUUGGUGAGCCUCAGUCGUUUGUGUCUACGACACUGAGCGUGUCCAAGAAUUUAGUUCUCCUACAGGUUAUGUGCGAUAGACUGUCACGCCGAGGAUAAAACCGGGCGAAGGAUGCGUUUCCCUGGACGUAGAAACAGCUAUAAGAGAGUUCACAGCAACAUUUUCUCGAUCUCGGUAUCGCUCCAGGAUAUCUCAUGGGCUGAGCGGUGCCGAUUAGACGCCC